UUAGAUGUAACAACUGAUGGUAGAAACAUGUUUUUACUAAUGAGCAGAAGUUGAAAAUGUUGAAAAUGGCUAACGUUAGAUAAAGACUGUAUAUAAGCUUUGCUGACGAGCUAAAGCGUAAGGUAUAGCGUCUAGUAAGAAUAGUUAACGCUAGGCAGCGUUCUGUCCUCGACAUUAAUGUAAGUCAAAACUUACAAAUAACACAGCAGAAUAUCCAUGGGGGCAUCACUGACCAGGGCAGUCCAGUGGACCACAGCCAGCUCUGGUACUGGCAAAGUGGAAUUCACACCGAUGAAUGAGUCCUUGUUGAAAGAAAUCCUGGGCUUUGUGGAGCAGUUCAACUCCCAACACCCACAGGAGGCAGAGCAUGUGUUCGUGGAGCCGCUCCAGUGGAGUACCACUUUAGUGGCAUCUGAUUUCAAAACAGACUAUGACAUCAGUGACUCUGAUGUACAGUCUCAUGAGAAAGACAGUGAAGGGCGUCCAUUGUUGCAGCUCUCCUCUCCUACUCUUUAUGUACGCAGCUUCAGCCAACUCUCUAAACUAGUUCGUCUGGCAGAUGAUAAGAAGCUGGAUGAGGUUCGAGCAUGUCUAGAAGAAAAUAGAGACACUGUGGCUAAGAUUCUUGGUCCCAGUGUUGCCAACAUCCUUGAGAAAGAAGGUGCUCACACUGAUGUACAGAGUCUGGUUGGCAAAGCAAAUGAAGAAGAUCCAGGCAAGGAAUCGGAGGUCAAGAUGAGGCUGUUCCUCUUGCUCCAAAAUCUGGAUAACCAGCUCCUCAGCAAGUGUCUCAGACAGAUAUCUGAACAAGUCAGGCUUGACGCCACCGCAGUCAGGAAAGAAGUAGAGCUGUUGAAACGGUGCUGUGGUAAAGGGGAAGAGAGCGUGUUGAAGUCAGUUCGAUACACAUCAGAUUAUGCAUUUUCAAAUGGCUGCCAUGCUCCUCCAUGGAGACAGGUGCAUGGUGAACUGUGUUACCUUGUGAUUGAGCCUUUUGACACUGAGACCCUUUACAUCACCUGCAGCACUGCUGGAGUUUUCCUCAAUGGGUGCAUAAAACAGGAGGGGGAGACGAGCGGAUUCGAGAGAACAAGUGAUAUGUACAAAGACCUGGUAACACUCCUAAAGAGCAGAUCUCCACAUUUUGCUGAGAAUAUAAUCAAGCAGGAUUUUGCAGUUCAAGAACUGCCAUCAACACAAAAGAUCCAGCAUGUGGAAUCGGUUGAUGCGCAGGAACAAGGCCAACCCCAGAGGUCUUACGAGCAACAGGAAAAGAAUGUGCAUGAGAAGGCGAGACAGCAUACAACGAACAAGGCAGGCUGCGAAAAGAAAUAUGAACCAUGUCCGAGAUGGAAGAAUCUCGGUCUUGUGUCUUCAUGUGGUAAAGCAGAGGAAAAGAAACCCAGUAAGAGCUCUGGAGAGGAGAAGUCUGGUGAAAUACAGAAGAAAAAGCUGGGACCAGGGGCCAAACCCAAGAUGAAAGCAGAAUUCUCUGUGUCCUCUUUACCGGGACGUCUGCCGUCCCAGAAAAUUAAGACCCCAGUAGGAGCCACGCAGGCGGACACUUUCAGUGCGAGUUCAACUGAGAGUGAGGAGGAGGAAGAGCAGCCAGACCGCCAUCCAGAGAGUAACACAGAUCUGCCUUCUGAAUAUUGGCAGAUUCAUAAACUGGUCAAGUACCUCAAGGGAGGCGACCAAACGGCCACUGUGCUCACUCUGUGCGCCAUGUUGGACUUAAAUUUGAUGCAAGAGACAUGCCAACUGGCUAUCCGUGAUGUAGGUGGCCUUGAAGUCCUCCUUAACUUGCUGGAUACAGAUGAAGUCAAAUGCAAAAUUGGAUCCCUGAAAAUCCUGAGGAAGAUUAGUCACAACGUGCAAAUCCGUCGAGCCAUUGUUGAUUUGGGAGGUCUACAGAGCAUUGUGAAGAUUCUGGACUCACCAGUCAAAGACCUCAAGGCAUUAGCUGCUGAGACCAUUUCCAAUGUGGCCAAGUUCAGAAGAGCAAGGAGAACUGUCAGGCAAUACGGCGGUAUCAAAAAACUCGUAAAGCUGCUGGACUGUGUCCCUAAUUUAGUCAAGCUGACUGCAAACCAGGAGAAGGAUGUAGAAGUGGCUCGCUGUGGAGCUCUGGCACUGUGGAGCUGCAGCAAGAGUACCAAGAACAAGGAGGCUAUCCGUAAGGCUGGGGGUAUCCCUCUGCUGGGACGCCUGCUCAAGUCUCAACAUGAGAACAUGCUUAUUCCUGUGGUGGGCACCCUGCAGGAAUGUGCUUCAGAGAAAAGCUACAGGAUUGCCAUUCAGACGGAGGGCAUGAUCAAGGAUUUGGUCGAAAACCUAAGCAGUGAAAAUGAUGAGCUACAAAUGCAUUGUGCCAGUGCAAUCUUUAAGUGUGCAGAGGACAAGCAAACUCGUGACCUGGUGCGUAGAUACAAAGGACUGCAGCCGCUGGUUUCACUGCUGACCAAGGCGGACAACAAGCAGCUCCUGGCCGCUGCCACAGGGGCCAUCUGGAAGUGCUCCAUCAGUGUGGAGAAUGUGGCUAAGUUUCAGGAGUACAAAGCCCUGGAGACCCUGGUUGGCCUGCUGACCGAUCAGCCUGAAGAAGUUCUGGUAAAUGUCGUGGGAGCCCUUGGAGAAUUUGCCCAGAUACCUGCUAACAAGGCUACCAUCCGCAAGAGCGGAGGCAUCAAAUCGCUGGUUAAUUUGCUUACUAGAACAAACCAGGCACUGCUUGUGAACGUAACCAAGGCAGUGGGUGCCUGUGCCACUGAUAAGGAUAACAUGGCAAUCAUUGACCAGCUUGAUGGAGUCCGCCUAGUGUGGUCCUUAUUGAAAAAUCCUAGUGCGGAUGUUCAGUCCAGUGCUGCAUGGGCCCUUUGUCCAUGCAUUGAGAAUGCAAAGGACGCAGGGGAAAUGGUGCGCUCCCUCGUUGGUGGAUUGGAACUGAUUGUUAAUUUGCUGAAGUCAACAAACAACGAAGUGCUGGCAAGCAUUUGCGCCGCCAUUGCCAAAAUAGCCAAAGACAAGGAGAAUCUGGCAGUCCUUACUGAUCACGGUGUUGUCCCGUUGCUGGCCAAGUUGACUAACACAACUGAUGACAGGCUCCGUCGCCACCUGGCUGAAGCCAUUGGCCACUGCUGCAUGUGGGGCAGCAACAGGACAUCCUUCGGUGAUGCCGGGGCCGUGGUCCCACUGGUGCGCUACCUCAAGUCAAAAGACGAGGUAGUCCAUCAGAGCACAGCUAUGGCCCUGUACCAGCUGUCCAAGAGCCCCAACAAUUGCAUCACCAUGCAUGCAAAAGGAGUGGUCAAGCCCCUCAUCCACAUGAUAGGCUCUGAUGAUGAGAUGCUCCAGGAAUUUGCUGCUGGCUGUGUGCGCAACAUCCGCCUGCUGGCUAAGGCUAAUAGGGAGGCCGAACUGUUUCACUGAUGAUCACUGAUCGCAGCACCUCUGGCAAGGACUGUAAAACAUUUAUUGCAGUGGCAAGUGGGGCAGAACUUUAUGUGUGACUUUUUAAAAUAGCAACACCUUCCCACUAACAACACAACUGCAUGGUAUCUGAAUGGAGCAAUAAUUUUUACACCAUCCAAAUCACACAUUUUGCCAAGAUAAUGGUAAACACCACAAUGAUGCGUACUUGAAGUGAGCACUAUUGAUUGAACGGUUAUUACCAUUUUCACUGUGUGCAGUGAGGAAACAUGGCACAGGAAGCUGCUGUUUUUGUUAAGUAUUUUUGUUAAGUAAUAAUUUGACAUGAAAUUGUAACUUAGUGUACUUUUUCAAAGCUAGAAUGAAGGUCUUUAAAUUCCUACUGAUUGUAAUGAUCCACACAGACACACAAAAGACACUCUGUGUUCUCUGAAUAACAACCAAUAUACCCUCCAUUCAGCCAAAAGAAAAAAUACGCAACCCUCUCCAUUCUUCUGAUCCCACCUGUGAUCGUUUUUGUACAGUCCCUUACCAGCACGAGUGGUCAAGCUGUGACAUCACUGGAAAAUAUUUACCUUUGCAUCUGUCAUGUUCAGAGUUUGAUUCAAAUGUGUUUGAACAUAGUUUCAAAUAACAUGGAUGAGAAGUGUUACAAAUAUUAGUACCACAAGUGUUAUAAUAACAUGUUGUAUCAAAUUAUCUGAGAAAGGUUUCAAAUAAAUUCUUACAUCUUGAUUGA